AUGGCACGUUCAAGAGGAUCUUCAAGACCAGCUUCUAGACCUAUGCAGAGUCGUUCUGCAUCUACUAUGGCCGCACCUACACGUGCUCCCCCACAACAGAGUUCAUCUGCCUACUCUCAUCCACCCGCCACCGCUGGAGCACAACCAAGACAACCUGGAAUGUUUGCUCAAAUGGCAUCUACUGCUGCUGGUGUAGCAGUGGGAAGUGCUGUAGGUCAUACUAUCGGUGCCGGUCUUACCGGUAUGUUUUCAAGUUCAGGGUCGGCUCCUGCAGAGCAGCAGCAGCAGCAACAACAGCUUGCUACUACUGACUCACAAGGCUUUAAUCAGAACCAGGCAAAGGCUUGUGAUACGGAUGCUAGAAGUUUCACACGUUGUUUGGAUGAAAACAAUGGCAAUUUCCAGAUCUGUGACUUUUACCUGCAACAAUUGAAGGCAUGUCAAGAAGCGGCACGUCAAUAUUAG